AUUCAGUCAAGCAUUAUUCAUCGCUCGCAUCACAAAUCCAAUAAAUAAAUAAAUUAUUUUCGUUAGUUUUAAAACACACAGAAUGAAUCAGAACGAAAACUUUCGCAUCAAGGGCAAGGGACCCUGUAGUGCAGAGCAUACCGAAACGCAGGAUAGUUUUGGUGUACCUUACAGAAACAAGACGCUUAUUACACGAGCAAAUCGCUUGAAGCAAUUUCUGUGGAAAGAAUUAUUUGAUGAAUACAAUCGUCAGAAUUUAAUUAAACCUGAUUUGGGACCUGAUCAUACUGAAUAUUUUGAGCAGUUCUGCAAAGAUAAGCCGCAGGAGAACGAGGAGCGUUUGGAAUCGCGUAUUAACAAGUAUCCCCUUUAUUGUACAACGGCAAUAACUGUUUGGAAUCAUGAAGGCGAUGUUUCAAAAAACUUUAAAGUUAAGUAUUCCAGAACCAGGCCAUUGGCGGAAUGUACAGAGAAGUUUGGACUUUAAUACAGUUUUAAUGUUAUCAAAUUAUACAUUACUAUAGCAACAGCUGAAAUUAAAUUAAAUUUAACUUAAAAAUUCA